UCGAUUUCAUUUUUAAGUUGUGUUCUGAUUUCCAGAACGUGAUUUGUCAUUGUGGGAAAAAUAAAGAAAAUAAAUCAGCUUAAUAAUCAGAAUAACAUAAAAUUCAGCUGAUUUUGCAAGGUUUGCAGUACAUCACUUCAAAGGUUUUAGCACAAUGCCCAAGAAGAGUAACGGCUUCAUGCAAUUUGUCCACGAAAUGCGUAGGACCCAGUCGGAGUUCCGCAAGCUGAGCUUGGACCAGUCGGUGCAUCGUUGCGGCUUGUUGUGGAGGGACAUGAAUGCUCAACAGCGUGGUCCAUAUAAUUCGGCUGCGAAGGAUGUGGUUGUGAAGAGUCGUUGCAAAAAUGAGCCUCUCAAUUGUAUUGGCGUGGCCCUUUCUACUGAAGAGCGCUUGAAGAAGGAGGCCGAGGAAGAAAUAUUGCGCAUGAAGCGAAACAUUGAACGCAUGGUGAUGGAAGGCAAAAAACAAAACGAUUUGGAGAACACGAUGUUUAUAUUUGUCGCCUUCAAUUACUUCACAAAAUCCCUUAACUCUGACGUUUACCUGCCGGCUGAGUUCGCCGCAUGCGAGUACUCUCUAAAGUCUGGCAUGAACAGUGUUUAUAACACUCACAUAGAUCCAGGUGCCCUCAUUUUUGGACAGGCGCGUGAUGCCAUGCAGCACACAACCAGCACUCAUCGCUUGCCAUUGCCGCCGAGCGCUUUGGGAGAGGCAAAUAUGGGAAAGCUUUACGAAAAUAUUCUUGAAUAUUUACGAACUGUAUCACGGAAGGAGAAACCACUAGUAGUGUUCACCACUUCCGAAUUAAUACCCAUAGUCAAGUCCUGUUUUCGGUUUGUGGAGAGCGGCUACGAUGGUCCUGAGCAAACAAUUGAGAUCUACGACAUACAAUAUCUCUUCUAUAUACUGAAGAAAGAAGUUAUGGAUGUUGCCGGCAUCGUCAAUAACACUAUUAACAAUUUCAUAACCGACGCCGAGUUUGAAAAAGACUUCUUUCAAUAUUCUUCGGGCAUUGCCUGCAACUUCCAUGAGGAAUGCGAUCGUUGCAACUAUUGCACACAGUCAAUGGUUAUUAGAUGGUGCUAUAUAUUCAGCGAUUACAUGUGCGGUGACUUGGCCAUACCUAUGAUGCCAAAUAAGCAUAUACCGCCCAAUGUGGAUUUCGGUUUCGAAGUACACUGCCCAGAGGAUUCUUCAGCUGCGAUUAACGAAUCAAUGUCAUCCUUUUACUCCCUUGAUUCUUCACGCGUUAAGAAGGAGAAUGGCCAUUCGGUUGCGGACACAUCGAACGCCAGUUCAUAUGUUCCUAGAGACCAUACUUCGUUCUCGGGCAGCUUAAAAUCCCAGGAUGAUUUUCCGAACUUGAGUUCAAAGAAAAGCAAUACGAGUAGCCAGCCCCUUAUUAAUUCUGUAGACAGCUUCACUGCAAGGACUCCAAAACAGGAGCCAAUGAGUGCUUGGAAUAUGCCGCCCAAUGUUUGCGGUGUUGCCGAAGACGAGGACUUUGUCUUGCAUCCACGAGGAGCCAAACCCAAGAAAAUGUCACGUUUUUAAACAAUUAUAACAAUUGCUUAAUUCAAUUUAAAACACAUUCAGUUGCUAAGCUAGAUGUUGUAACAGCACAUGAUAAGUAAGCGGACUACAUUUAGAGUAUAUUAAGAUAAAGAAAAUAUCUUUAGCAAGAGUAACAAAAUAUGUAAUAUGAACUCAUUAUCAUAUAACACAUUUCAUAGAAUAGGUAUUUGCAAAUGAGACAAUCAUUAUUCCAAUGGAAAAGGGAAGAGUUUUUUUUUUUAAUAUUUAAGUUGUAUUUGUAAAAGGGUCACAACGAACAGAUCUUAAGUUAGAAUAAGAACUUUUGUUAAUAAUCAGAACCAAAUAAAAUGUACCAAUAAAAUAAAAAUGUACCAAA